AUGCUGAUUUUACUGCUCUUCACACUCAUAUAUCCGGCUGCCGCCUCUUAUCCAGCAUGCGGGCGUCGCGCUCGCAUCGAUCCUAUCAGUCCCAACACAGCUGAUCUACUCCUUGAACCAGCGGUACAAAUGGACUACGCACAUUGCUCCAGCCUGUGUGGCUUGACAGCGGAGUGUGGCGGAUAUGCCUCGACGGCAAAGAAACAGGCAUCAGAUUGGUGCUUUGUGUUUCGAAAGGGACUGUCAUAUGAAGAUAUUUUUGGUGCGGGCGAUGAGCAGUGGAGUCUUGAAGAUGGUGUUCCGGUGGGAUUUUGGGAAGCUGAUUGUCCGAAGAGGAUUGGAUAGGACGCUACAACAUUGAUGAGGUAGUAGCGGAGUUAAGACGAUGCUGUAUUGAAUUGCUAUCCUUCUCAAUCAGACUACAGAUGCUUCGACACAGAAUGCAAUGAACGAAUGUGGGGUAUCUUCCUUUUCC